CAAAAUAAUACAUGACGUCACAAAAUGGCUGUCGCCAAAGUCGAAGAAAACUGACAUAAAAAUACCCUAAUUUAAAACGCAAAAGUUUCUUUAACAGUUAUCAAUAUCAACAAGUUACUACUGCAAGAAUUGAGUUUAAAGAUUGUUCUUUUGCAAAAUGACAAUUUUACCGAAGAAAAAGGUCUCCAAAGAGAAAAAUGAAGGCGAAAACGUUGACCAUUCUCUACCCCAUCAUAACCAUUCUCGUCACCACCCGUCGACGUCAGAAACUCGUCAUGACAAGGUAGCUAGGGCAAGAAAUGCUUUACCAGCGAGUAAUAGGGAGGAUGUCCAUCCUUCCCAUGAACCAGGCAGUACAUAUGAUCAGCUUGAAACUGCUUCUGGGCAUAACAAACGGCGCCAUAGAUCUUCACCUCAUAGAAACCAUUCGAGGAAGCACAGAGGGGGGCACAGUGCUCAUGCACAUACCCCAGUAUCCACACCAAAUAAUCCGCAGCAGAGUGUAUCUUAUGAAGACGAUGAUGCCCGACAUAACAGUGAUGAUGAACAUGUGCCACCAGCUCAUCCAGAGAAUAUUGAAGAACUUGAAAAAUGGUUUGAAAAUGCCAUUAAGGAAAAGAAAGGUUUCACAAUAAAGAAGAUGGGAGAAGAUGGUGCCUGCUUAUUCAGAGCUGUUGCUGAUCAAGUGUAUGGUGAUCAAGAGAUGCAUAGUACAGUCAGAAAACAGUGUAUAGAAUACCUGGCAAAGAAUGCAGACUAUUAUUCACACUAUGUGACUGAAGACUUUACCACAUAUCUCAAUCGUAAAAGAAUGGACCAUUGUCAUGGCAACCAUCUAGAGAUUCAAGCAAUGUGUGAGAUAUACAAUAGACCUAUAGAGGUGUAUCAGUAUAGUAUAGAACCAAUAAAUACGUUCCACAGUUCAUACAAGACAGACAAUGAACCAAUGAUUAAGUCCCAUAGCAUGUCCAUAAAUGGAGUGAUAAAACCGUACAAACAAACUAUUGGAGUUCUAGGAUUACCAGUUGCAAACUUCCAACCUGGGCUGGCAGAAAAAAACCUUGUUCAUGAUGCAACCAGACAGUCAGAGGAACUACUAUUGAAAGCAAUGUUGGAGGACAAGUUACGAGAGACUGACUGGGAAGUUACACAGGAGACUAUACAAGAACAAGUGGCUAGAGAAUCUUACCUUCAGUGGCUCCGUGAUAACGAGAAAAGAGUUCGCAGAAAUGAUAAUAGGACAGCUAGUGCCACAUGUAGUUCAUCAAGUGAGUACGCUCAGUUCCUGGAGAACUCUGCUUCACCAGAAGCUAGACUUGGACGGUCCCCGCGCCACAAGACAAGUACACCAAACUCUGUACAGAACAGUCCACAGAGAGUGGAACAUGUUGAACUCCACAACUCACCACAUAUCACUGAACUCAAAAGUUCUUCCCCAAAGCCUAUGCAAGUGCCACAAGGGUCUGAGGUACAGGAAGGGGCAACUGGGGGUUACGAGUUUGAAACUCACUCCCUUGUUAACCAGUACCCACAAUCCAUUUAUGCUGAUUUUGCAAACUACAGUGAGGAAGAUAUUUUAGCUCAAGUUAUAGCACAGUCACAGCAGGAGUAUCUGGACACUUUAAAGAAGAACGCCUCUUCAUCUCCUCCUCCCGGUGAUAGCCACGCCCCCUCAUGUAGUAGUUAUCAAUCUGAUGCUGGCAAGAGUUAGCAAUAAACGUAAAGACUUUUAGAACAAAUUGUGUAAUUAUUAUGUGUGUAUGGUUUUGAAUGAACCCGAUAUCAGAUUUUAGAAGUAUGUGAACAGAAGAUGUUUAUUACAGACACCCAAGAAUCAACUGGUAGGUUUCUGACUGUGUAAAUUUGUUUCGAUUAACUGUUUUUUACUUUCUUGUACAUGGAGUUAAGAGAAUUUGGGUCCUGAAUAUACAGAUACUAUAAUAUCAUUUGGUGUCGUAGGCACAUAGUUUCAUUGUUUUGGACAAAAUGGCAAUAUUUUAGGGGAUAUGAAAUUGUAGAUUUUGAUCUUGAAUAAUUAAAUAUUAUUAAAUGGGAAUUUUACUGUUGGAAUGGGAUUUGAAAUGUGUUGAUUGACUUCCAUGAAAUUCAAAAAAAUAAAUUCCCUGUGAAAAUAAAUUAUUUCACAGUACUUGACUUCAAAGACUUUCAGAUUUUAAAAAAAAGUUUUUACACAGUUUGUAAGAAUGAUAUAAAGUGUUUUUUCAAAAAAUGUAGACCACCUUGGAUUAAUUCCCUGAUAAGGGGCCUGGCAGACUGAAUCACUUGUCCAUCUACACAGAGAGAUGCACUCAGCACUCUGGUUGGAAAUAUCUGGCUGUUGUGCACAAGGUUAGUGAUUCUGCUCAAAUGCCCGCCCACUCCUGAAAGAAACAAGGUCUUCCUCAAUCAUUUAAAGCUGGAAUGUCAUCAUAUAACCAGAACUGAGUUGAUGUGACUUCAGUGUUUAACAAAAGAUUUAUAAAAAAAAUACAGUCAACACUUGUUUUGAUAUAUGUGGUUUUCAUAGAUAAUACUUUUUACAUCAUUUAACAUAGAUUUUAAACAAAAAUACUAAAUGAGCCGUGCCAUGAGAAAACCAACAUAUGGGUAUUGCGACCAGCAUGGAUCCAGACCAGCCUGCGCAUCAGCGCAGUCUGGUCAGGAUCCAUGCUGUUCGCUAACGGUUUCUGUAAUUGCUAUAGGCUUUGAAAUCGAACAGCAUUGAUCCUGACCAGACUGCGUGGAUGCACAGGCUGGUCUGGAUCCAUGCUGGUCGCAAAUGCACUGUGUUGGUUUUGUCAUGGCACGGCUCAAAUAUGCAAUAUUUUUGUCAACUUACAUCAUAUGCUUUGGUUCAAGAUAGAUGCUUGGAUAUUGUCACAGUUUAUGAACAAGGAUGAUGGUAUUGACCUUUAGCAGAUAUACACGUACCUCUUUAUAGAAUAUUGAUAUGUUUUGUAGGAACAAUAAUCAUGUAAGGACUCUGCUUGUUAAUCUGUGUUCAAAAGAAAAGUUAGAUCAUAUUGUAAAGCUAGCAAAAACUUGAAAGAUUUUUAUUGAAAAAAAAAGAAGUUACAAAAAUAACGUCACCACACUAAUGUCUAAUGUUGAAGACUGAAUAGAACAUGGUUUUAAUUUAAAAACCAAUAGUUGAAUUUUCUUUUGGUUAUAACAUGGUCAGAUACUUUCUUAUUUAUGUUGAGUUGUUGAGUUGGAUGGAAAGGGAAAAUGUGUUAAUAUUGGGAGAAUUCAUUUGCAUUAUGAUCAUGUUUGGUAUAUGUUUGAUAUUUAGAAAGAUUGCUUUUAACCUUUAGCCUGUUGGCGGCAAAUGAUUUUGCCUUUGCGGCCAGUGCAGACCACUGGUAGCUAUCCAGUCAUUAAAUUUUCAGUGAACACCCCUUCUAAUAAUAAAUGGUGCUGCCCAAAUUGAAUGACGGCCCAGUCCAUUUUAGAAACUUAGCAGGGUACGGCUUAAAGUUUUCUGGUAUAUAAACAUGUAGGAAAUCCAAGGCUUGUUGAACUUCACAAAGUAGUAAGGCUGCAAUAGUGUUGAUUCUGCUUAUUGUGUGCAGGGGAGAUAAUUCUUGCUUAGUUACAAAAAGGAUGUGUAAAUUAAAAGGGUUGCAGAGUUGGCUGUCUUUGUUGAAAUUUACAUUUAGUCAGUUGUCUGUUCUUUUCAUUGCAUCUAGCAAUAUCACAAACAUCUUAAUCUGUGUGAUUCAUUGGGAAUUUAUUUACAGUGUGUACAUUGCUGAGUUUAAACUUUUGUAUCAGAAUUUCAUUUUUUGUGAUGUUUAGAUCCUUAUUCAAUAUACUGUGAAAUCAUCAUUUUUCAUUGGGGACUAACUUUCCUGGAAGUUUCUGGUUAUUCCAGUGCACAAAAUUAAAUCGCAACAAACACAUAAAAUUCCCUUUGCAGUUUGGAAAACAUGAAUUCAGUGCCCCCACUUAACUGCCUUUUUUUAACUCACCUUAGCAGGAAGUGCUCAGGUUGAGCUAUUGUGACCACUCACCAUCCAUUUUCAUUCACACUUUUCUUCAAAUGACAUCUCCUCUGAAACUAGUUGUUGAAACUUUAUCAAACUUGGGCUUGAUGUUUCUUGGAUUGUCCUCUACCAAAUCUGUUCAGUGUAUUCUGUCUCAUUUUGAUUGCCAUGGCAAACAAAAGGAAAAUCUUUAAAACUGUUCACCAAAACUACAAUGGCAAGAGCAUAGAUAUUUGGUAUGUAGCAUUGUGUAGCAGUUCUCUACCAAAUGUUUCAGAUCAUGCUCUUGGGUCAAAAUUGGUCCUGCUGAGGGGUUAUAUGUGAAAAACUAAAAAUCUUUUUAUCAAAAACCAUAAUGCCUUGAGCUAAGUAACAUUGUAAAUAAUCCUGUACCAAGUUUGUUAAAAUCAUGCUCAUAAGUGAAAAUUGGCACCACCCUGGGGUUCACUUGUUUUACAUAGACUUAUUUAGUAAAAUCUUAAAAUCUUCUUGCCUUAAACCAUACAGCCCUGAGCUUAGGUAUUUGGCAUGGAAAAUUGCGUAGUGGUCCUCUGCUAAGUUUGUUCAAAUUUGCCCUGGGCUCAAAUUGGGGUUCACCUAUUCUACAUAGACUAUUAAAGGAAAAUGUUUUGCAUAGACUUGUAUAGGAAAAACUAGGACUUUGAUAUUUUGCAUGCAACAUUGUGUAGACAUGCUAUACAGGGAUCAUCCUAGGUCAAAAUUUUAGGGAAAAGUGACUUCUCCCUCCGCAGAAUUUAGUGAGAAAUCAAGGAAUUUAAGGAGAAGAAUCAGCAUAUUAUUCAGUUUCCAGCCUAUAAUUAUAUAUUUCCACUUUCUGUGGGUCUUGCUAUAAAUUAUAAACAGUAAAUAUUUAAGGAAAUUGAUUAUUUCAUUAUUAUUUUUAUGAAUAUAUAAAAGUAUUAACAUAGCUAUGAAAAAGUCGCCUUAAAAUUUUUAUCUGAAAUUUACAAGUCCGAAACUCGUAAGUUUAUCAGGUGCACGAUCGAAACGCCGUAAAAAAAGGUAAAGGUAAAUUUCAUUUACCGUCGCUUUGUGAAACAAUUAAUAGUGAAAAUUAGCCGUGAAAAUUUUCAUUCAUGUUUCGAUUCUCGUGCUUUAAUAAUGCCCGAUUCUUGCAUCAAAUUGUUCAGAUUUAUACAUUUAAUUGAUAUAUUUAUCAAUCCUUUCGAAAAUAGUACAAAACUCGUAGAUAUUGGCGGUCUUUUUACAAUAAUUUUGUACGGCAGUUCAGGCAACCGCGGAAUCGUAUUUUUUUUAUCCACAGUGCCGGGGCAAUUCAUUCAUAGAAAUUGACCAUAUUUGAAAUAUUUUUUUAAGUAAGUUUUAAUAAAAUCAAUAAAUAAUAUACUAUUGAUGCAUAAGAUCAUGCACUUGUUAAGUUUAUCAGCUUUUUACAUUUUCAAAAUGGCGGCAGCUUACAAUAUUAUUGAUUAACUCUGUGGGAUAUUAACGAUACGAUUGGCUGAAGUUUGACAGGCGAGUAGGCAGGGUUGACUAUGGAUUUAUCGGUAAUUUAAUCAAGUUUUGCAACUUUAAGUAAACAGAUUACGACACUCAGAAAAGCUCGUCGAUUCGGAUUUCGCAAAGAGGCGAUAAUUAGGCGAAGUGGCCAACUUUACAGCGACGAUAUCACUCAGAUCGCCUUGUAGGAUGAUCCCUGGCUAUACCAAGAAAUCAUUAACCUAUAAAUUUAAGUCAUGUGAGCAAUAUUGGAUCAUGAUGGCCCUCUUGUUGUUGAAGGAAGCAUGAAAUUAUAUGAUUCACAGUAGUGCAUUUAUAUACAAGAGCACAUGUAACAAUGUACAACAUGAAAUGCAUAUCUGUUAUUUGUUUCUGUAUAAGGCUAGGUUUGGUUUGGAUUUUCAUGAGAUUUGGAACAUGAUUCAGUUAAAUGAGCCACGCCAAGAGAAAACCAACAUAGUGGCUUUGCGACCAGUCUGGUCAGGAUCUAUGCUGUUCGCAAACGGUUUCGCUAAUUGCAGUAGGCUUUUAAAGCAAACAGCAUGAAUCCUAAGCAGACUGCGCGGUCUGGAUCCAUGCUGGUCGCAAACGCACUAUGUUGGUUUUCUCAUGGCAUGGCUCUAAUUGUGAAACAUUGUAAAUCAUAGGCAGCAUAUUUAUCCUGUUAAAUAAUUCUGGAAUAUAAAACCUUUUAAGUUUACAAGCGUAAGAUAUUGCUUAGCUGUGUUUGUUUGCUUACAGUUUUUGAUAGGCUAUAUAUAAAUAAAUGCUAUAGUUUAUAUGUGAACAUUAUACGUUAUUUGAUAUUCAAAUGUUUCAAGAUCUGGUUUUGUGAAUAUUUAUAUUAAUGAUAUGAUAGGACCUGUUAUUUCUUGUUAUACCGAGUUGUUAUAAAUAAGUUCAAGUCAUUGAAGGUAGUUGAACUUCAUUAAUGUAGUGUGUAAUAUAAUCUGUUUUGAUGAGGUACUGUGUAACAUUACAUGACAUAUUUUGUUAAAAACAAAAUUACCACAAAAUAUGACAUACAAUAUUAGCGACUGAUAAUGGAAAAUGCUUUAUUUUGAUUUUAAAAAAUGAAUUAUGGUUUAGAAUUUUUCCUUAAUUUUAUGUAAAAUAUGCAAAUAUAAUUUUAUCCACAUGAAUUGACUAGUGCUAGUUAGCCUUAUUUAUUAGCAUGCAUUCAGAUUUAUUCUAGAUAAAACAGAUAGUAAGAGUAAAGUGAAAUGGUAGUGUUAAUUAUAUUUUGACAGGAAUCUCUCCAGACUUAAGAAUUUGGGUGUUAAGUGUGUGAUUGUUUCAACACUGUAAAUUUGGAAUCACUUACAACAAAAUUUUGAGCUUGUAUUCCGUUUUAUUUAAAAGAGAACAGUGACACAUUUUUAGCUCAUCUGAUUUUUUGAAAAAAAAUGAUGAGUUAUUGUCAUCACUUGAGCGGUUGUCGGCGUCGG